AUGACUUCCGAUAACUAUCCAGUCUACAAAGUCAAAUCGCAUAUGGCCCUCCCAGAUCCGCACAUGCCGCCCAAUCGCUUCCAUCACGCCCUAUUCGUGGAGACCAGCAAAGACGGCUCUGGCACGCUAUACCAUGUCACCGGCGACGUCACUUCAGCAAACGGGAUGACCUACGAAAGUAGGGAGUCGCCUGAUCCUGCGCAGUUGGAAGGCUUUCAUUGUAAGGAAUUACUGGACUAUACCUCCUCUGACGUGCAUCCGGAACAGUGGAAUGCGCUUCUCGCUUCAUUGCCGACACCGCCGCAGCAAAAGGCUUCAAAUCCGGGGAAGCAGGGUCGCGUUGAGCCUUUCAAGGAGAAAAUCAGGGAUUAUGAAUAUGAUUUCUAUGCUGAUGGGGAAGAACGCAAGCCGCUUUGGAAAUGUACUGAAUGGGUUGAAUGGCACGCUAUUCCUGCUCUUCAUGAACAUCGUCUUCUACAGAGUAGUGAUCAGUGA